AUCGACCUGGUUGACCAAUUAGAAUCAGCUGGUUUAAGGAAUGAUCGUAGUAGGCAGUAGCCUACUUCUAUACUGUUUGCUCUUCUACACGAUAUUUGAAGUGUGUAAAAACUUUAACCUGUGUAGAAACCAGAUGCUUUUUUUGUGGUAACUUAUAUCCAAUGGUAAACGCCAACGGUAUGAGGCGUUUUUUGGUAACUUAUGACUGCUAAACGGAGAAGAAAGGGUUAAUAAUAUGACGUAAAGGAAAAGGCAGGAAGUAGACACUGUCAAUCUGACACCGGGGAGGAUUUGCUACCCCCGUCAGUGUUGAAUCUGGAUCUAACAGAUGUUGGUUUCCCGUCUGUGGCCUGUUAGACACUCUGGAUGGGAUGUCGAGCUGUGUGUGUAAGCGAGUCCUCUCUCAGGUGCGGAGCUGCAGCACACUGGUCCUCCCUGUCUCCUCCAGUCAUACUGUUCUCCACAGACCUCUGCCGUCUCUCCUCUUCUCCUCUUCCUUCUCUUCCUCCUCCCACUCCCCCUGGCCUCGGCCAGUGCAGCCGGUGCGCCCCCUCUCUUCCCACACGCAUGGAGGCUCUGACGAAGACGACUAUGGCCUCGCUUCCUCCAGCUUCCAGGUGGGCCGGCUGCAGAUCGACAGCGUCCUGCGCGCCAACGAGCAGUCGGUGCGCAUUCCGGAGUUCGACGGGCGUGGCGGCCCGAGCCCCGUGCUGAAGUUUGAGAGCAACCAGCUGGGCGCCAACGCGCCCCUGGAGGACCGGCGCUGCGCCGCCACCUGCCUGCGCACUCGAGGCAUGCUCUUCGGCGUCUUCGAUGGCCACGGGGGCCACGCCUGCGCCCAGGCCGUCAGCGAGCGCCUGCCUUACUACGUCGCCACGGCGAUGAUGCCCGAGGCCAGCCUGGAGGACCUAGAGGUCGCCAUGGAGACGGGCCGCCCCGUGCCCCCCAUCCUGCAGUGGUACAAGCACCACAACGACUACAACUACCGGGAGUCGGCGGAGCUGUACGUGGAGCACCUGCGUGUGUUCUGGCAGGAGCUGCUGGCGAGCGAGGAGCACGGAGAGGGCUUGAGUCCGCCGGACGCCCUGAGCUACGCCUUCCAGCGCCUGGACUCCGACCUCUCCCUGGAGGCGCAGGUGCCGCUGGCCAGCGACCUCAUGCGCAGCACUGCCGUCCAAGCCGCCUUCGCCGGCAGCACCGCCUGCCUGGCCCACGUCACCACGGAUGGCGUGUACGUGGCCAACGCCGGAGACUGCCGCGCUGUCCUGGGGGUGCAGGAUGAGGACGGCAGCUGGAGUGCGGUGCCGUUGUCUCGUGACCACACAGCGCUGAACCCCGACGAGUUGGCACGCGUUCGGGCGCAGCACCCGCCAGCGGAGCGUGACACAGUGGUGGUGGACGAGCGGCUACUGGGCAUGCUCAUGCCCCUGCGCGCCUUCGGCGACGUGCGCUUCAAGUGGAGCCGCGAGCUACAGGAGAGCGUGCUGGAGAGCGGCGCCUCCUGCUGCGACCUGGAGGAACUGCACCUCUUCCAGUACUCCCCGCCAUACUACCUGACGCCGCCCUACCUGGACGCGGCCCCCGAGGUGACCUUCCACCAGCUGCGGCCGCAGGACCGUUUUCUCAUCGUGGCGUCCGACGGGCUCUGGGACGAGCUGGGCAACGAGGAGGCGGUGCGUCUGGUGGGGCAGCACCUGACCGGGGUGCACAUGCAGGUACCCGUCUCCGUGCGUGACCGCCAGCUCAGCCUCGGCCAGAUGCACCAGCUGCUGCUGCGGCGGCAGGCACGGGCGGCGCCUGCCCUGGACCAGAACGUGGCCACGCACCUGAUCCGCCACGCGCUUGGCACCAACGAGUACGCCGAGCUGGACCAGGAGAGGCUUGCGGCCAUGUUGGCUCUGCCCAACGACCUGGCGCGCAUGUACAGAGACGACAUCACCGUCACCGUGGUCUACUUCAACCCCAACCUGCUCAAAACGCACCACGAUGGCAGUGGCUAAAACAGCCCAUCACGAUAGCAGUAGCCAAACCUCUGCAUAUAGUACACCUGUGUAGGGUUCACCUGUCAGGUUGCACCAGUUUGCUCCUUUAUGACCCUUCCCCUGGCAUCCCAGCUCAUCUCAGUCUGGAAGUAGCUUGUGACGCCAUGUGUGGGACAACAUGCUCUAGGCGUGCUGGGAAUCAUCUGCAGACAGCGUGUUCAUGAAGCCCAGAUCAGGAAACCUGUUCAACUCCAGUGACAUGUACAUAGAUACUCGUGACUACUACCUUGGAGAUUAGUUACUGAGUUGUGCUUGAUACUGUAUCUUAUUGUGUACACCCUUUUUUCUAGGUUGCUUUUUUUCAGACUUAAAAAGUCAACUUUAGGUCCACCUAGGACCUAAGCUCUCUGAGGGUCCUAUAAAGGGAUUAAUGCAGCCUCAGCCUUACACCUGUGCUGUGCUGCAGUCUCAGACCCAGAGAGAGGCUCUUCAGAGAUACAGCCCUUACACACAUGCUUCUUCCCCAUACACACACACACACACACACACACACACACACACACACACACACACACACACACACACAGAUACACCCCUACACACACACAGAUACACAUGCAUGCUCCCUCCCCAAAGAUACACACACACACUCCCUCCCCACAGAUACACCCUUACACACCUAUCCCCAGAUACACCCCUACACACACACACACACACACACACACACGCAGAGAUACACCCCUACACAUGCAUGCUCCCUCCCCACAGAUACCCCUACUCAGUUACCCCUGCUCCCUCCCCAGCAUUGAAAGCUCCUGAUGGGUCCUCUUCAGCUGCAGCAGUCUACAGCCCCAUAUGCUGCAAACUAUAAGAUCUUCCAGGGCCCUGCAUUCACCACACAUGGGUAGCCAUACUACAUGUUAAUACAGUUUAACCAUUACAUGUGAAACUAGCUUUAGCAUUUACAUGUCUAUGCAGUUAAAUCAUAUGUGAAACCAGUUUAUUUGAAUUUCAUGUUAAUGCAGUUUACUGUAGUUGCAUAUGAAUAUGUGUAGCUUUUUAUGUUGUGUCGAUCACUGCCUCACUGAUGGAGAUUAAGUUUGUAUUAAGUCUGUUACAGUUUAUUUAAUUUAAUUUCAAGCAGUUAAAGACUAGUAAACAAAUCCUGACUUCAGCAUUGUCUACUUCUGCAAAGCAUCUGCCAUUUGUGGUGGCAACUUGUAAAGAACCAGGAUAAACGGUCAACUUUA